AUGGGUAUUUUUAUGUCAAAGCUUUUUAAAAACCGUGAAAUGAGGAUCUUAAUGUUGGGUCUUGAUAAUGCCGGUAAAACUACCAUAUUGUAUAAAUUGAAAUUAGGUAAAACUUCACAAACUGUACCAACUGUUGGAUUCAAUGUUGAAACAGUCAAACAAAAGAAUGUUUCCUUUGCAGUGUGGGAUUGUGGUGGACAAGAAAGAAUCAGACCAUUAUGGAGACAUUAUUUCACUGGUACUGAUGCUUUGAUUUAUGUCGUUGAUAGUUCUGAUUUGAAGAGAUUGGAAGAAAGUAAAACUGAAUUAUUAAGAGUUAUCGGUGAUAAAGAAUUAAGUGAAUGUUUAUUAAUUGUAUUAGCCAAUAAACAAGAUGUUCCUAAUGCUAUUAAACCAAAGGAAUUGAUUGAAAAAUUCGAUUUGAAUAAUUUACCUGGAAAUCAUAUUUGGUCAGUUAUACCAACAAUUGCCAUCAAUGGUACAGGAUUAAUGGAAACUUUGAAUUGGAUUUCAAAUAACAGUAAAUAG